AUGGAAGAAAAGCAAGAAGAUAUGGACUUUCAGCUAUUGUCUUCUCUAAACGGAUCAGGCUCAAAUCUUCCAGACAGUAGUGGGCGAUUUGCCACAUCUUUCUCUGGUCAGUCUGGUGCCGCUUCUCCUGUUUUUCAUCACACAGGAACUAUUCAGGGAUUCAAUAACAUUCAUGGAAGCUUCAAUGUUCCCAACAUGCAAGGUACAUUAACAUCAAGAAACUCAACGUUAAAUAAUGUUCCUUCUGGUGGAGUCCAACAACCAACUGGAAGCCUUUCUGGUGGACGGUUCACAUCAAAUAAUCUUCCUGUUGCUUUGUCUCAGUUAUCUCAUGGAAGCUCCCAUGGACAUUCGGGAGUCACUAAUAGAGGAGGUAUAAGUGUAGUAGGAAACCCUGGAUUUAGUAGUAGCACAAAUGGAAUUGGCGGUUCUAUUCCUGGGAUUCUCCCUACAUCUGCUGCAAUUGGUAACCGGAAUGCUGUUCCAGGAUUGGGUGUGUCCCCAAUUUUGGGAAAUGCAGGUCCUCGGAUUACGAGUUCUAUGGGAAACAUGGUUGGUGGGGGCAACAUUGGGAGGAGUAUCAGCUCUGGUGGAGGCAUGUCAGUGCCUGGUCUCGCUUCUCGUCUAAAUUUAAGUGCAAAUAGUGGAUCUGGAAGUUUAACCGUCCAAGGGCAGAAUCGCUUGAUGAGUAGUGUGCUACCACAAGGGUCUCCACAGGUAAUUUCGAUGCUAGGAAAUUCCUAUCCUAAUGCUGGAGGUCCACUUUCUCAAAGCCACGUACAAGUGAAUAAUUUGAGCUCUAUGGGAAUGUUGAAUGAUGUGAAUUCUAAUGACAGUUCUCCUUUUGACAUCAAUGAUUUCCCUCAAUUAACAAGUCGUCCUAGUUCUGCAGGAGGGCCUCAAGGGCAAUUGGGUUCACUGCGAAAACAAGGUCUUGGUGUUAGUCCUAUUGUUCAACAGAAUCAAGAGUUCAGCAUCCAAAAUGAAGAUUUUCCGGCUUUGCCGGGAUUUAAAGGUGGUAAUGCUGAAUAUGCGAUGGAUAUUCACCAGAAAGAGCAACUUCAUGACAAUACUGUGUCGAUGAUGCAAUCUCAGCACUUCUCAAUGGGAAGGUCCGCUGGAUUUAACUUGGGGGGGACUUAUUCUUCUCAUCGUCCCCAACAGCAACAACAACAUGCUCCAUCAGUCAGCAGUAGUGGUGUCUCCUUUUCGCAAGUAAACAAUCAGGAUCUUCUCCAUUUGCAUGGUUCAGACAUAUUCCCAUCAUCACAUUCAACCUAUCACUCACAGACUAGUGGACCUCCUGGAAUUGGAUUAAGACCUCUAAAUUCUGCAAAUACAGUUUCUGGUAUGGGUUCAUAUGACCAGCUUAUACAGCAGUAUCAACAACACCAAAAUCAAUCCCAGUUUCGCCUGCAGCAGAUGUCAGCUGUCAAUCAAUCAUUUAGAGAUCAGGGAAUGAAAUCAAUGCAGACAGCGCAAUCGGCUCCAGACCCAUUUGGUUUGCUUGGGUUGUUAAGUGUGAUAAGGAUGAGUGAUCCUGAUCUAACAUCCCUUGCACUUGGGAUUGAUUUGACUACGCUUGGGUUAAACUUGAAUUCAACAGAAAAUCUGCACAAGACUUUUGGUUCUCCAUGGUCUGACGAGCCAGCUAAGGGUGAUCCAGAGUUUAGUGUUCCACAAUGUUAUUAUGCUAAACAACCGCCUGCACUACAUCAAGGGUAUUUCUCAAAGUUUUCUGUGGAAACAUUGUUUUAUAUCUUUUACAGUAUGCCCAAAGAUGAAGCGCAACUAUAUGCUGCCAAUGAACUCAAUAAUAGAGGCUGGUUUUAUCACAAGGAGCAUCGUCUAUGGUUCAUAAGGGUCCCCAACAUGGAGCCACUCGUCAAGACAAACACGUAUGAGAGAGGAUCUUAUCACUGCUUUGAUCCUAACACAUUUGAAACGAUCCGAAAGGAUAAUUUUGUCUUGCAGUAUGAGGCGUUGGAGAAGAGACCGGUCUUACCGCAGCACUGA